AUGAGCUAUCAGAUACCAUCGUCACAGAGCCGAACAAUGUCGCACAGUAACUAUGGUGGGUCUGAUGUGCCAAUGGCUCCAAACAAGGAGCAACAGACUCUCAUGUGGCAGCAGAACUCAUACUUGGUGGAUUCUGGUAUCAACUCUGGUGCUGCUACACAGGUUCCAUCCCUUACUGGAAAGGAAGAUGAUGAAAUGGAAGGUGACCAACUUAUGUUUGACUUAGACCAAGGAUUUGCACAGGGGUUCACUCAAGAACAAGUUGAUGAUAUGAACCAGCAGCUAUCCCAAACUCGCUCUCAGCGGGUCCGUGCAGCUAUGUUCCCUGAGACACUGGAGGAAGGCAUUGAGAUCCCCUCCACUCAACUAGAUCCUGCACAGCCUACAGCAGUCCAACGCUUGUCUGAACCAUCGCAGAUGCUCAAACAUGCUGUUGUUAAUUUGAUUAAUUAUCAAGAUGAUGCUGAUCUUGCUACUAGGGCUAUACCAGAAUUGAUCAAGCUCCUUAAUGAUGAAGAUCAAGUUGUGGUGUCCCAGGCAGCUAUGAUGGUUCACCAACUCUCAAAGAAGGAGGCAUCUCGUCACGCUAUAAUGAAUUCACCGCAAAUGGUUGCCGCUUUAGUACGCGCCAUUUCUAACAGCAAUGAUUUGGAAACAACCAAAGGUGCUGUCGGAACUCUGCACAACUUGUCACACCAUCGCCAAGGGUUACUGGCUAUUUUCAAGAGUGGAGGCAUCCCUGCUUUGGUGAAGCUACUCAGCUCGCCAGUCGAAUCGGUUCUUUUCUAUGCUAUUACUACCCUGCAUAACCUGCUCUUACAUCAAGACGGUUCCAAAAUGGCUGUUCGUUUAGCUGGUGGUUUGCAAAAGAUGGUUGCAUUGCUACAGAGGAACAAUGUCAAGUUUCUGGCUAUUGUGACUGAUUGUCUGCAAAUUCUUGCUUAUGGAAAUCAAGAAUCGAAACUGAUUAUUCUUGCGUCUCAAGGACCGAUCGAGUUGGUGCGAAUCAUGCGUUCCUAUGACUAUGAGAAGUUGUUAUGGACCACUUCCAGAGUGCUCAAGGUGUUGUCUGUGUGCUCAAGCAACAAGCCAGCCAUUGUCGAAGCUGGUGGCAUGCAAGCUUUGGCCAUGCAUCUCGGAAACCCAAGUGGACGAUUGGUGCAGAACUGUCUUUGGACCUUAAGGAAUCUUUCGGAUGCUGCUACAAAGGUGGACGGUUUGGAACAACUGCUUCAAAGCCUGGUCCAAGUGUUGGCCUCGACUGAUGUGAACAUAGUCACUUGUGCGGCUGGAAUACUUUCCAAUUUGACUUGCAAUAACCAACGCAACAAGGUGACAGUAUGUCAAGCUGGUGGUGUGGACGCUCUCGUUCGUACCGUCGUGUCUGCCGGCGAUCGCGAAGAGAUCACCGAGCCUGCCGUAUGCGCAUUAAGACACCUUACUUCGCGUCAUGUUGAGAGCGAGAUGGCUCAAAAUGCUGUGCGUCUGCAUUAUGGCUUGCCGGUCAUAGUGAAGCUGCUCCAGCCACCGUCACGCUGGCCACUCGUGAAAGCGGUGGUCGGUUUGGUGCGCAACCUGGCUCUGUGCCCGGCUAAUCAUGCACCGUUGCGCGAACAUGGGGCCGUUCAUCACCUCGUUAGACUGCUUCUACGCGCGUUCAAUGAUACUCAGCGGCAACGCGGUUCUGUGACUGGAGGCGGCGGUACCGGCGGCGCAUACGCAGAUGGUGUGAGAAUGGAGGAAAUAGUGGAGGGGGCUGUGGGGGCACUGCACAUCCUCGCCAGGGAAGGUCUUAACAGAGCUCUGAUAAGGCAGCAGAAUGUUAUUCCGAUAUUCGUGCAGCUGCUCUUCAAUGAGAUAGAGAAUAUACAGCGUGUAGCGGCUGGCGUGCUUUGUGAGUUGGCGGCUGAUAAAGAAGGUGCCGAGAUGAUUGAGGCUGAGGGAGCUACUGCGCCACUGACUGAACUGCUGCAUUCACGAAAUGAAGGUGUAGCGACAUAUGCUGCGGCGGUGCUGUUCCGCAUGUCCGAAGACAAGCCUCACGACUACAAGAAGAGACUCUCUAUGGAGCUGACCAAUUCGUUGUUCCGCGAUGAUCAUCAAAUGUGGCCCAAUGAUCUUGCCAUGCAGCCAGAUCUCCAGGAUAUGCUUGGACCCGAACAGGGGUAUGAAGGGCUAUAUGGAACGAGGCCAUCCUUCCAUCAACAAGGCUACGAUCAAAUACCGAUAGACUCCAUGCAAGGCUUGGAAAUCGGCAGCGGUUUCGGCAUGGACAUGGACAUCGGAGAGAGCGAGGGUGCUGGCGCCGCGUCAGCAGACCUGGCUUUCCCCGAACCGCCGCAUGACAACGCCAAUGUUGCUGCCUGGUACGACACUGACUUGUAG